GGGGGUCGGCGCUGUGGUCACAAGGUUGUGUAAACAGACCUGCUGAGUCAUUUAAAGGAUACUUAUAAUAAUAAGACUUUCUAACUGUUCGCCAUUAUCUGUUAUUACCCAUCAUUUUAAUUUUAAUUUUUAAUUAUAAUGAAGCACAGCCUGUUCAAUAGCAGUUAAUCUUCAAAAAAGGAAAAACUUGGAUUAUCACUUUUCAUGUUCAGGACUCGCCUGACCCAAACACUUCGGCCGUUGUUGCCUGAACAACUACAAUUAUGAACAAACCAAAAAACCAAAACCUUCCUCCUUAAACCGAGAGUUCGCUUCAACGUAAUCAAUCGCAUCGAGGUGAUAAAAAGCCUGAGAUCCGAAGCUGGACCGAGGCUAAAGGGGGGGGACUUCCCUCCUGUCGAAAACAUCCACUGCAUCACCCAACAGUUGGCCCUUUGAAAGGAGCCAAGCUGCUGACAGUAUCCCCCUACAUAAUAAAAAUCAAGAUGUUACUUUUGGCAUGAAUUAUUGCUUCAGGCAUUCAGCCGUUAGCGCGGCCUGGCUGCAGGACACGGAAAAAAAAAAAAAAAAAGUCCUGGCUGCAGGACAAGAGAGAAGUGAGAGAGAAUCCUUCUCCUCUGCAGCAGAAGGUGUCUACAGGUGCCGUGAACCGCUCGCCGCCGGCGCCUCCAGCGACGGCGAGCUGCAGCGAAGGAGGAAACUAUUGAGUCGUGUCAGUUUUACAGCGUUCCUGUGAAGUGUUCCUCAACAGCUGGCGGGUAUUUUUGACCCUCCGUCUCUGUCGUCCUCCCCGUGUGUGUUGAUGUCGAAGAGGCGUUCAGUGUUCAGAGCGUUCGUAGAACAUCUCAGUGAAACCACUUCACACCUGUGGGAGGGCUUGUGAGAGAGAUUCAGGUGGCGGUAUGAAAGUAUAUUUUUGCGAGCGUAGGAGGAGUAUUAAGGCCGUGGGUGAGAAAAGGAAAUGAGAGGCGGAAGAGUGAGUCAGAACAGGAAGAUUUUAAUUUUAAUUUUGCCUUUCGAGAAUAAAAUUGAGAAUAAACUCGACAUUUCGAGGUUGAAGUCGACCUUUUGAGACGAUAUCAAACGGCGCGUGUGACCGCCUCUACAAAAUGCCUUGUAUAGACGAGCGGAUGUAGUUGUAGUUGUCGGAAUCAGAACUGAGGAGAUUGUCCCGAGAACUGCGUCUGUUCAGAAGGAAAAACCACACAAGCUGAAGCCGCACGGCGUCGCUGUCGAUGCUUGUAAUGACGGUUUUAGUCGCUGUGUGGUGAGGAUGGAGGCGAACAGAACAAACCGCCACCCUGAAGUAACAGCAGACGACUUCAUCACAUCCACUGCACCCGUGGGAGGAUCCCCGGAAAUACAAAAUAAAAACAAAAACUUCCUCUUCUGAGUCAGUUCGACAUUUUGACUUUGAUGAAAAAAAAAUCUUCCUCCUCUCAUUUCUUUUUCCUUCCUUCUCCUUCUCCUUCGUUGAAUAUAGUUUCAAGUAAACGUGGAGAUCAAAACACAGUAACAUAAAAAAGUCUGUAUUUUAUUUCUUAGCAACGUAAUGAUCCAUAAGUCAUGGAUUAAAAAACCCGACGCUGACUCGUCGUCUCCUGUGAGACAGUCCAUCCACGCUGCGUCUUCUACCUGUCACCUGACUCACAAGCUUUGCUGCUGUUGUAAUUACUAUGGCCGCUAACGGUUGCCUAGCAAUCAAUCGUAAUUAUGGGUCUUAAUAAGCUAAUUAUUUAUAGCGGGACAGUCUCAUUAUAAGGAUAAUUAAAUGAUAUUAUAAAUAAACAACGACGAGGUAGUAACUCUAGUUUUUAAUUGUUUUACGUGCGAGUUGAAACGUGUGAAACAGAAAUGUAGACGUAUGUUUUAUUAGCUCCUGUUCCAGUUCUGAACCAGUUCUUGACGCCUAACUUCACUAAUGAUCCCAUUUGAUCCCCAUAAAAAAAACAAUCCUGGCUCUUGGUGUUUGGACUUUAACCCAAUCAGUGAAUCACACUAUUGUUGCGCACGUUGCUAACUUUGCUUUGAAAAGCCAGCGAGCCAAGCUAAACAGAUAAGCAUGACACCAGGUGGAAAGGUCAUGGAUGAGGCUGUUUGCUAACUCUGUAAAACAAAGCAGUACGGAUGAACAGAGCGGGAAUCCUGACAUUAUGGGGGUUAUUGAGUGAAGAUUACUGAGGGUUAAAAAGAUGAAUUUAAACCAUUUUAGCGUUGAAUGGGUCUGAAUACUUUCCGAACGCGCUGUAGCUUUUAAUAUUUCCACAGAAAUCGUUUUCGCCUCCCGUCGUGAGUGAGAAGACGAAGUCGAUUAAACGGGUCGUUCUUCUUUGUGAAUCCUUUUUUAUGUGAAGUCAUGUUGUUUUCAGUCGCACUUCUUCUUCACCCUCCCCUCAUCUUCUGCCCUCAGCCCGUCACAGACGCUGACACUGAGGCUGAGGAAGUAAAAACGAUAGCUAAGCAGAGAGGAUCCCGUCAGAGCGGCUGCUCCACACACCGUCUCUCUUACUGUCGUGUUUCUUUCUCGCUACGACAAUAUACUGACUUUUUGGUUUUUUUUUGCCAUGAGGUGCAUUUGACUCAUCCCUGUCAUUCUACUUUCUCUUCCUGUGUCACUUCUUUCUUUUUUUUUUUUUUCUUGUUCCCUAUACAUCGUGUCAGGCUGUAGAAGGUCGAGCGCUCGUGUUUCCGUGGUUGUUUUGUUCAUGUGAAAUGUGUUUGAAAGGCAAAGAGAGAGAGAGAAAAAAAAAGAAAUGCUGCAGAUUCGCUGAAUUCUGAGUGUUUCUCUCGGGGAGCUCAGCAGCUCCUCAGCGCUGCCUGGAGUCAGUUCACCACUUCCUCUGCUAGGUAGGUACCCAGAUGUCUGAGGAGGCUCUGAGGAUGACAUCUUGGCCUUGAACCCCACCAGUAUGUCAGAGCCAGCAGAAAAAUGCUCCCCCCGCUGGAAAGAUGAGGCCAUUCAAAAUGGGUACAUACCGAGUUACCUAGACAAGGAUGAGCUCUGCGUUGUGUGUGGGGACAAAGCCACCGGCUAUCACUAUCGCUGCAUCACCUGUGAGGGUUGCAAGGGUUUCUUCAGGCGGACGAUCCAGAAGAAUCUAAACCCGACCUACGCCUGCAAGUACGAGGGGAAGUGUGUCAUCGACAAAGUGACCAGGAACCAGUGUCAGGAAUGUCGCUUCAAGAAGUGCAUUGCGGUGGGAAUGGCGACCGACUUGGUGCUGGACGACAGCAAGAGGCUGGCCAAGCGGAAGCUAAUCGAGGAGAACCGGGAGCGCCGUCGGAGGGAGGAACUGCAGAGGACGGUGUGGGACCGACUGGAGCCCACCCAGGAGGAGUGGGACCUCAUCCGUAUGGUGACUGAGGCCCAUAUGGCCACCAAUGCCCAGGGCAACCACUGGAAGCAGAAACGGAAAUUCCUGGUCGAGGAAGCUAUGCUUCUUAAUGAAAUAACAUGUAAUUUAUUCUAUACUUCUGACCAGAGUGCAGCGGGGGUGAAGGAAACUAAGCCUGAGGAUAUUGGUCAAGCGUCCAUGGCCAAUGCACCGGAAGGAAGCAAAGUGGAUAUAGAAGCCUUCAGUCAGUUUACAAAAAUUAUCACCCCUGCCAUAACCCGAGUGGUGGACUUUGCCAAAAAACUGCCUAUGUUUUGUGAGUUGCCUUGUGAAGACCAGAUCAUCCUGUUGAAAGGCUGCUGCAUGGAGAUCAUGUCGCUGCGCGCUGCCGUUCGCUACGAUCCGGAGAGCGAGACUCUCACGCUGAACGGCGAAAUGGCGGUCACGCGGGGUCAGCUUAAGAACGGAGGCCUGGGCGUCGUCUCGGACGCCAUCUUCGACCUCGGCGUGUCGCUGUCCUCCUUUAACUUGGAUGACUCCGAGGUAGCUCUACUACAGGCCGUCAUCCUGCUGUCAUCCGAUCGGCCUGGCCUGAGCAGCGUGGAGCGAAUCGAACGCUGCCAAGAGGAGUUCCUGCUGGCCUUUGAACAUUACAUCAACUACCGCAAACACAAAGUGGCACAUUUCUGGCCCAAGCUGCUAAUGAAGGUGACGGACUUGCGGAUGAUCGGCGCCUGCCACGCCAGCCGAUUCCUUCACAUGAAAGUGGAGUGUCCCACCGAGCUAUUCCCUCCUCUCUUCCUGGAGGUCUUCGAGGACUGACCAAUGGAUUUUUAGUGUAUGAGUGACUGUGUGUGUGUGUGUGUGUGUGUGUGUGUGUGUGUGCGUCCAUGUAUGUAUGUGUGUGUGUGUGUGUGUGUUUGCAUCCGUCAGCGCCUGGGCACCCUGGUGGUCUCAGGGGUGGAACUAGCAGAAGGCCCGUCACAACGAACUUUCUAUUAGCACUACUGAGUGUCACUUCAUUCCAUACGUUAGGAGUUAGGAGAAGCUCUCUGGUCUAGUUUUGGAUGGAACCAUUCCUUUACAGUGCGGGUACAUUUUUUUUUUUUUUUUUUUUUUUGUGUUAUUGUUGUGGAUAUAACCUAUCACCUCGGAUAUGUGUUAAUGAUUGUACAGUUGGCAUAAUGGUGAUUUUUAUCAGCACUUGUUUAUUGAUUAGAAACCAUGCACCAUUUCCUUCUUUUAUGUUGAAAAUUUCCAAACGGCUGCUCAUCUGACUCACAAGAUAAGACAUUAUUAACGUCAGCCUCUCACCCCACCUGCUCGACUGUAUUGGACCCAUUGGUUGGUUAAUAUAUUAACUGUCAUAUAGUCUCAUCCAUCGGGUGAGUGUCUGAACUUGCUCGGUGCCUCGCCGUCAUCACACUGUGACCUGACCCAUUAAUAGCGGAGCUCACUUUAAUGGACAGCAGCUCGCAGGCCUUUGUUAAGUCUCAUCACAACGUUAACGUCGUCGCGCUGCAUUCCAGAGAUGUCGGAAUAAAAAAAUCAGAUUUUUUUUUUUUUUUUGCAACAGAAAAGCAACUUAAGAUUUAUUUUGAAAAACAGAGGUCGGAUUUCAAGAGAUUUAUUUUGAAAACGCUUGAGCUGUAAAGUUUGUUUUGGACAAAAAGCGUCCGUAGAACAAUGAAUGUAAAGAAUGUUUGUGACACCGAGAGUCAGAAAUAUGCAAGAAAAGCCACAUUGCUUUGCCUUUAACUCACUGUUUGUUCUCAUAUGUAGAAAGUGUUGAAACAGAACUCACUUCACAAACCUAGUCAUUUAAUCACGACUCAUUUCCACAGCAUGUCUGCAAGUUCUGAAAUGACGGGGGUUCACUUAAAACCUGAUGAGCUUCAUACACACGACUCAUUCUCAAAGAGCUGCCUCGUGCAAUUUAACUACGCUGAGGCAAGAGGCAUAAAUCCGUUUCUACGAGGCGUUCAUGGUCUUACAUAAGCUCGUUUCACACAGAUACGUGUCUCACUGUUGCUCGUAGAUCAAUCUGAUGUCAGACUGUUUCACAAAAAUUAAUACUGACUAAUUUUACGCUAAAAAUAUUAAAAAAUCUGUAUUAAAUAUUAUAGAAAAUAUCGAUGACACCUGCGCUGAACCAGUAGCACCAAACAACAAAAAACAGACUUAAUUUGUGGUUUGCUAACGUUGUUAUGGAGAAAGAAAAGUGAAGCGAUUUUCCCCCAAAUCAGAUUUUUAUUCUUAUUGUUAAAAACACUUUGCGAAAUUUCCAAACGUAAAACGUCCUUGUAACUUGAUUUCUUCCAAAAGACAAACAUUUUCUUCUGGAGGUAAACAGAGCUUAGAUUGCGGUUCCUCAUUUUAUUCUGAAGAAAAUCUUAAUUUACCCAGAAUUCAAUGUAUGACGGUUUGUCAUAUCCAGCGCACAGUCAGAGUCUGUCUUUGUGAAACUGCUCCCAGUUUCUUUGUCUUAAGUGAUGAAUUAUUGUUUGUCCGAAAUAAGAAAUUUGGUGACAUCGUCUUGGGGAUUGUGAGCACUUUUCUGACACUUUGUGAACCACAUGAUCAGUCAAGAAAAUAAGCAGUACAUUAACGAUGUAUGAGCCGGCACUUGGAGAAGCGGAAGUGUUUGCGCUGUAGAGAUUUUUCCUCUCGUCUCUAUCGUAGCGGCGUUUGUGUGGAGAAACUCUCGCAUGUAUCUGUGAUUAUUGCCUUUAUAUCUUUUACGAAGCGAAGCGCGGACGUGCUGUCGAUUCACACUUCCGACAUCGACAGGAAUGCAGCAGGUAGCAUUAAAGAUUGAAGCCUGUUCAUCGUUUGCCAGAAAACUGUUCAGGACUAACUAAAAGCACACAAUGACACUGAUGUCAAGAAAAGACAAUCAAUACGACUCGUUUUUCUUUUUCUUUCUUUUUGUGUUUAACAAUGCCACAUGCUGUGCCAAAACCAAGUGAAUGAUGCCCUCCUCACUGAACCCCUGCUGGGCUGUCAUAGCGACACCAACACUCGGCUGGUUGUGCUAGUUAGCGUGCGCCUCUCGUGUUCUCAGUGCACGUCGGCGGCUCUGACUGUCGAACCGGUGCGAGUUUUAAGUGUUUCAUCUCAGCCAUGUUGCCUCACUAGUCACACAUACAAUGAUUUCAACCGAUUUGUUUUUUUGUUAUUGUUCUUCUUAUUUUUUUUUUUAAUUUUUAUUACAACUCCCUGCAAGCGGGAGACUUGAUGUUGAAGCAGUGACGUCAUGGUGCUACGGUGGGUCGGGGAAACGGCUGAUUGAACUGUCUUACCUACAUGCAGGAAUGAACAUGAUCUCUGUUUGUAUAACAGCCAACCACCCUCUUAGGAUGGCAUGCAUAUACACUAACACACAAACAUGCACAUAUACAGUACAUACAGUAUACCUUCACACAUAAUGUACACAUGCACAUAUAUAUAUAUAUAUAUAUAUAUAUACGUAUAUGCAUGUGCCUAAGCAACACAUAGGUCAGACCCCACCACUGUGACCAGUGGGACUCGGAGGCCAAGGUGAACAUUGGCUGGCCCAAAAAAACAGUAUGAUUCAUCAUCAGCAAGGUACACUGAGAGAGCUGGCGGGAUUGUGAAAACAUAGCGCUCUAUCCUUUAUUUUAGCUGAUAUGUUCAUUUUUGUUGUUGUUCUAAAGAAAACUUCUCUAUGGUAUUGUUGUUUGCAAUGUGACAAACAUUUGCUUUGUAUAUCUCGCUUUUUCAAGCUUCACACUACUCCUCAAAGCCGCUUGUGUUUCAUUUUGUUUUGUUUUGUUUUGUUUUUUUUUGUUUGUUUUUUUUUCUCUUUUCUGUGAAGUGAUGCCUUUUUAUCAAAGCAAUAGACUUGCUGCAGUGUUUGAAUGACCCGGACCUCACACACACACCUCGCAAACUGUACAGACUCAAUAUAUAAAUGCACAGACAAUCAGAGGGAGAGAGAUAAUGGAAUGAGGGGGGUUGGGGUUGGGGGGGGGGGGGGGGGGGGGCAGGCACCCAGCGCUCAGACGGUCUGGGCGGCGUGUAUCGGCCGGGCCACGCUGAGACAGAGCCAUUUUGGAAAAGUAGUAUUGGCUACGUUUCCAUGCACCCCUGACGUCCACAGUCCUGUUGAAUUCAUGUUCAUGUUGUGUGCAGGAGCCUUUUAUUAACACCCUGUGACCUAAAAUGAUGAGUGAAUGUCGGGGGAGGGGGGGCGGGAGGAAGGGGGGGGGGGGCACAGGCGGUGAAGAGAUACAGAGAAACGACGGUGAAAAGAAACGUUCAAUAAAUUUGGUCAGUUAUUACAACCAGGAGCUAGUUGCACAAACAUUACAGAUGUUAGAUGACUGCUCUACAACAUUAGGGCUCAGUCUUAAUUUUGACUUAAACUAGUUCAAAGGCUUUUAUCCAGCAAAUAGUCCCAGGAGCUAAACUCAGGAACUAAAAAAGAAAUAUAAAAAAGGACCUAAACGUCCCUUUGGUGUAUUUGUGUUGCGUUUCAAUUGCAUCUGAAGAACCAUAAAGAUUAGACUAGAAACUGCGUUAGAAAAUUAGACCUGAAAAAGGAUUAAAAGUGACAACUUUGUUUGAGGCUUGAUUUUUUCUUUAAUGAGAUGACAAAACAUUGAUCAUCUGUUUUUUUUGUAAUGAACUAUCUCAUGACUGUUUGUGUGAAUAACAACGUUGAAUCAAAAUUCUACAGUUAACCUGCUCUCUUACCUCUUUUUUAAACUUUUUAGACUUUUAGACUAGACUCAGGAAUUCGGCUGCGUAACUUUCUUCAAACAUCAACAACAUUUAUCGCCCCCCCAAAAAAAAAAAUCUCACGCUAAGCCCCAACAUGCUAGCAACAACUCUAGCUCGCUUGCUUGCAGUCUGAAUGAAAGUUGUGCACGUGCUGUAGCAGUUUGUAUGCUUGUGUUUGACCAGUCACUGACAUACAGUACUGUUAACACCACAUACUACCUCAGGAGCAGGAGCAGGGGGCAGGGGGCACAAACUGUGGCCUGGGAACCACAACUGGAACUGAAGUUCCUGCGGUCAAAGUGCAAGUAAAUGGGCCACAAUGACAGAGUUAAGACACUUGCACAAAAUAAAAAUUUUAAAAAAGUGUCAUUUUAAAGCUGCAUUAAUUGAUUUUUUAUUUUCGUGCCACUAGAGGGCAGAACUGCACAACAAGCAGAUUUACACACACAGCCUUGACAAUUUCACUUUCAAUGCUAAGGCUAAUAUGUUAGCAAACAGUUACAUAUUUGCACAAGAGCAGCAUUAACAUAAAUUUUGAAGGCGUGUUUGUGUCCACCUGACGAAUGUAAGUCCGAUAUUAACUCUCGUCGUUGUAGUUUGGCGUCCACCAAAAUCCUGAGGGAGAUUUCUGACCCUGUAGCUGCCAGGUUUUCAGUUUUCUUUUAACUGUUUAGCCGCUCGCUUCACAGAUGGCAUCAGAGAAACAGCCUGGAAACAGGGUGGAUGGGAGCAGUGAAAAACUUUUUUUCUUCAAACUGCUAUGUACAUAAAAGACUAAAAGCAAACGCAGAGCUGCAGAGUUGGAUUAUAGUUCUCUGUCGUCCCCUUUCACAAUAAAACGUGUCGCUAUUAAGACUUUAUGGUGUAAAUUUAGCCACAGAGCUCUUCAUUGGAUGGGUCACAGCCGUUUAACCCCCAACCCACCAUCGGAUAUGUUUAGCUCUUUUGUUUAGCUUUUCCCGUAUCAAGGUUUGUGGAAUAUUUUUCAUCCAUUCCCUUCAGUGGACCUGAGCAUGAGCAACUAACACUGUAUGAACAAGAGGAUUACUGUGACCAACUACUCUCCCUUCUUCCUGCUUGGGGAUAAACCAGUCCAGCAUGUGACUUCCAGUUACAUCUCAGUUAUAGUGUGUCUGUGCAGCCAGCCCCGGGGUUUCUCAUAGUCAACAGCAUGAACUCAUUUCCCUCACUGUGUGCAACGGAGAACUGAAAAUUAAAGUUUUAAAGAUAAACCUACAAAAGUCUGACUUCCAAGCAUUACAGCGGUGCUCAUUAGUCAUGGCAUUUCAUAUCCAAAUGAUUCAUAAAAGCAAUGGACUGUUAGCUCGCUACAAAAACCUCAACUUAAAAUGAUUUACAGUAACCUCAAAGUUGCAUUAUCAGUUUUACUCCACAACAAGCUUAAAAAAAAAUCUCUCGUUUUCCUAAUAAAGUUGAUGUGGCUACUGUUUAGCAAACUACCUACAACCCAAGCAGACGUGGAGCUUUGUGUGUCCGGUGACCUGAUGAAUGUAAGUCUGACACGGACUCUCCUUCAGUCUGUGUCGUGACCUUUAACAGCCUCUGAGAGAAAUACAGUAUCUGGCACUUUAGCUGCUGCUGAAGCCCUCCGUUAUCUUUACUAGCUUGUCGCUAACUUUGUCUGCCGUGUUUUGCUGGGCAGGUGGUGUAGCGUUGAUUUAUCUGAGCGUUUCUGACUGUUUAAUUGAUGAGAGCACCAAGACGGAUUGAAAAACAGAACAGAUGUGGGCCACAUAAAACCAAAACAGUUAGCUUAAAGACGCUAAAAUGCUCCAUAAAGUUGUUGAUAACUGAGUCAUGAUAAUUCCCUGUGGGGUCAUCACUGUGAGCGACCCCCUGUCACAUCACAGGUAGUCAUUUGACUCAUCGAUCAUAUAAAAACUAUAAUUAGUGCAGCUUUAACUCAAAUCAAAAUAAAAAUUUGAGUUAGCAUUACGAACCUUGACUUUCUGCCGUCAUGUGUGUGUUUUAAACUGGAGUGAAUGGGCCCCAGGAAACUGUUUGAAAUUUCUACGUCACAAACAUUAAACCAUAAUUACUUGAAUUUUCAUAUUUACGGAGCUGUUGGUGCAUGUAAACAUAGUCAAUGCUGACUGCCGGUUCAGAAGAUGUUUACUGUUUCUGAAGAGGUGCCAGUAACGCUGUUAUCUCUCCCACGAAUUGUUACAUAAUGUUACUCAGUUAUAAACCAAUAACAAGAGUUGCACCAUAGAAAAGCUAUUUUACAGUACAAAGGAAAAAGGAUGUAUAUUUUCAGACUGCAGAUUUUUUUUUUACGGAUGUUGUUAGCAUAAUAUGAACAUACUGUUUUGCAUAGUGUUAAAAAAAAAAAAAGGUAUCUUGCUCUCAAAUCUAAUUCCACGUCUCUGCAAAAACAAAACAAACAAAACAAAAAAAAACAAUGAGCAAGACGUUAUGAAUCAUAAAAAAAAACAAACACUUAAUUAGUGCAGCAUUCUACAAUUAAAAAAAGAAAUCAGUUAUUACUGUAGCUGGACUUCACUGUCAGUACAAAGCAGCACAGCGACACAUGGACACAGUUAAGGACAACUUCUUGGUCGAAGGUGAAACCAGCAUCAGAGAAAAAAAAGUAAUCCACUGUCAACACAGAUUUCUCUCCUCGUGUGUUUGAGUGUGUUUCCUGUUCAACUCAUCUGUUCAACACGUACUGGAAAAACCGUCACGGAAAGAAAGGGAGCGUGAGAUGAAGUGUGUGUAGGUGUAAGGAGUGAAUCUGUGGCAGCAAAAGGAAAAAAAAAAAAACCCCAGAGGAUGCAGAGAGUCCUGUUCCAAAUUUGCUGUCUUUGCACUCUGGCGUUUUACUGGAAAUAUAUUUGUCCAGUGAUCCACUGUCCAGCCGUGGACGGUGCUUUGACAUGAGCGUGGAGGACUUGAAAAGGACAUGAUUUGCUCAUGAUUAACAGUGAUUGCAGCUAAUGUGAAUUGGCUCUUGAGAAUAAAGAUGGUUUUGAGAGAAUUUGGUUUUGUGCUUUUGCUUCUGUGGCUGAAUUUUCUUACUUUGCUUGUGAAUGUCAAUUAAAAAUUUUAUAUAUUUUUUCUAA